AUGCCAAACACCACGGCAUGUUUGAACCUCAAUUCCGAACUAUGGCUUUUUCGAGAAGAUAUGUCAUCGAGAGUGAGUUUUUCUAACAAAAAAAUAUAAUUCGAAAAACUGUUCAAUUUCAGUGGUACAUAAUGGUAAUUUUCGCGUUUCUUUAUCUUCUCAUCAUCGCCGCGGGUAUCAUCGGAAACACUUGUGUUAUUCUGGCAAUCACUAGAAACAAGUGAGUACCAACUACCGUAACCCGAUUUCGAAAUUUAAAAUUCAGAUCACUUCAAACGGUGCCAAAUCUCUUCAUCCUCUCGUUAUCCUGCUCGGAUAUCGUCGUGUGUUGCACUUCAGCAACAAUAACUCCGAUAACCGCGUUUAAAAAGGAAUGGAUUUUCGGAGAGGCGUUGUGUCGGGUCGCCCCUUUCAUUGCGGUACGUGAGAAUGUUUUACUUCCCUGUACAAAUACCAGGCACAUCCCCCUUUUCCGGACACAUACAUCAUAAUACGAACUUCCUGAGGAAAUGAAAUAAAACGUUAUUUUUAAGGGAAUCAGCCUCUGCUUCUCGACUUUCACGUUGACGGCUAUCUCGAUUGACAGAUACAUUCUAAUCCGAUUCCCGAUGCGAAAACCGAUUUCGCAUUACCAGGCGUGCGGUGUCAUUGCGGUAACAAGAUGAACUUUUGGACUUUUUCAAAAAACCCCGCAUUUUUCAGUUGAUCUGCGCGUUCGCCGCCACCAUCACAUCUCCGAUCAUGUUCAAACAGAGGCUCGGAGAAUUUGAGAACUUUUGUGGGCUGUACUGCACGGAGAACUGGGGAGCGAAUGAGAGUCAACGGAAGAUCUACGGAGCCGCGCUGAUGUUUCUUCAACUCGUCAUUCCACUCACCAUCAUCAUCAUCUCCUACACUGCGAUUUCACUCAAAAUCGGACAAAGUAUGAUUUUGAAGGGAGCGAAAAAACAGAAAACGGACAACUGGGAGAUGGAGUUGAGUGAUCAGCAAAGGAUUGCGGUGAAGAGAAGACAGAGAACAAAUCGGAUGCUCAUCGGGAUGGUGGUUGCGUUCGCCUGCAGUUGGAUUUGGUCGGUCUCCUUUAACAUUCUAAGAGAUUAUGACUACCUGCCGGACCUUAUCAAAAACCAAGAGUAUAUCUUUGGUAUUGCAACACAUUGCAUUGCGAUGACAUCAACGGUAUCAUAAUCACACUCGUACUUGGCUAGUUACUCUUAUAUUUUCAGGUCUGGAACCCUCUUCUCUACGCAGUUCUCAACCUCCAACUUCGCGCGGCUUUCAUCGAUUUAAUGCCGCAAUGGCUCCGUCGGCGCCUCAACCUGGAAGGCGACAAUAGUUCGCCACUACUCAACCAUCCAACAAUGACGAUCACGAAUAAGUACGGAUCCACGGCGACACAGGUAAACGCCCGAUCGGCAACAUUGUGCACGUGUCACGCCACACCACCACCCGCAAACUGUUACUGUUCCUGUCUCCAAUACUUCUUUUAAAACAAUGCAGGCUCUUUUUAUUUGCACUUGUGGUGAUUUUUUCCGACCUCUCAAACUCUUUUUGUACUUUCUUUACACCGAGAGAGCGAGAGCCGCAUGAAACCUGAUUCUGCUGCCAGUUUUUUACGUGUAAUAGAAUUUGAACCAGUUUUGUGAGCUCGUUGUAACCGAAAAUUGCGGCAGAUUCUAGGUUUGAACAAAAAUUAAUUGAUUUCGAGUUGUGAGCUUUGAGAGUCCUGUAGAUUUGAACAGUUGAACACAGAGAAAUGAGAUGAGAAAGUGGCUGAACUUCGACGCAUGAACACGCUGGCACACUGAUGAACAUCACGGAAGAGUUGCCCCAAAAAAUGAUGAUGAUGAUGAUGAUGAUGAUGAUGAUGAUGGGUGUGCAUGAUGUUUGUUGACCGGGUUUUACCUGAAAACUUUUUUCCAAAACUUUUGCAAUUCUUAUUGAUCGUGGUGGUAGUCGUUCACUUAGAGGUGAUUAUGCACCGUUUUUGCGGCUUCUCAACGCUUUUCUGAUACUUCUCGCUCCUCAAACUUUUGUCAGUUUUGUGAUAGAUUUUUGUGAUACAUGAUUCAUAGAAGCUUCAAAAUAUGUGUAGAAGAAAUCGCUACCCUGGUGAAUGAUUCCAUCGCCAUUCGUAACCCUGAAGAUUUUGAUUCCCGAUUGAUGUACCUGACCGGACUAAGCACGGAAGUGAAAUAUUCUCCGGCCAUCUAGAUGGUCUCUCUAUCUUUUCCCUCCCUAUCGCCUAGACAAUGCUAGUCAAUGUAGUGAUUAUAUCCAAACUGUGGAUCGAUUCAUCUGGAAUGAUUGAAACAAUGAUUUUUUGUACAGAAUUUGAAGAAAAACGUGUAUUUUUUUUGAGGCGGAAUCCACCAGUUUGUUGGCAUAGAUGCAAAAGUUCUACGAGGUAAUUAGAUCUCAGGAAUCGAAAUCUUGAAGGGUUUUAGGAAAAUAAAACAAGAAAUGGGUAAGAGUACCGAACUGAGAAGAAAGAGUACAAUCAAAAGAAAUUGCUAGUUUUCUGCAUCUACCGUAACCAUUUUUCCUGUAAUGCCUUCGUACUUUUUGAUUUUUCCUUUUCUUCCGACCUAUCAUCCACCCUUUCCACAUUUUCCCAUUCACAUAACCUCUCAACUCUUUCUCUCAGUUUCAGUAUUCUUCAACCCAUAACUCAUUCUCAUUUUUUUGUUUAUUCUGCAUUUUUAGGCAAUCAAAGCCACAUACGUUAAUACCAACAACGGACAACCAUACGUGUCAACAAGUUUAGUGGGUAAAGUUCAACCGGAACCACCUAGUUUUUCAUUGUAAGCUGCUCAAAUUCCAGUCUGAUCCUUCAUAAUAAAUCGUUUUCAGUAAUGGAUCAACUCGCAAAAAGUCGUCGGUGAUGCGCAUACUAGUUCAAAAAAAGAGGGGAGAAGAGGAGGAGCAACUAAUCACAAAGGAAUCACCGUCGCCGCCCGAAAUUCAAAUGGAUACAUUGUGCGCGGCGCCGAUAAUCCCCAGACGCAAGAGUGCCCAGCCGAGGGCCACAAAUGAGAAAGUUGUGCUGCCGAGAAAGACCUCCUUCUAG